CGUACGGAAAGUCACCUCGUCGCGUCGGUCAGUCAGAUGCUCCUUUGAAGCUAGCAGCGCGCUGGAGAUAGUGGUCCAGGUCCAAGGUCGAUAGUAGGACAGCAGCAUCCUCGCGCGGCGUUUAACCUUCACGCGACCUGCCUUUUAUUUAUCUUACAACUUACGCGCAUAUACACGGAGGCCGACGUUAACCAAAGCCGAGCGUACAGCGUGCUAACCAUUUAGCGAGCUAGCUUGAAGUUCCGCUCCGUGUCAUUACUUUAACCGGGACAUCAGACGUCACAGCGAUGGCUGCGCUGAGAGCGAACUACCACCGGAUCCUGGACAAGAUCGAGCUUAUGCUGCCCGCCAAGCUGAGACCUCUGUACAACCACCCGGCGGGUCCAAAAACCGUAUUCUUCUGGGCACCGGUGUUUAAAUGGGGGCUGGUUGGAGCCGGUUUGGCUGAUAUGACCCGACCGGCGGAGAAGCUCAGUACCUCCCAGUCUGCAGUGCUGACGGCCACAGGCCUGGUCUGGUCCAGAUACUCGUUAGUCAUAACCCCCAAGAACUGGAACCUGUUCUGUGUCAACUUCUUCCUCGGCAUCGCGGGAUCCUCCCAGCUCUACAGGAUCUGGAGGUACAAACAGGAUCAGAAGGCAGAAGUCCAAGUGGCUGCAGAGUCCUGAGUGCUUCUCCCCCAGUGGACUGAACGGAGACGUCACACAAAGCAGCCCCUUCCCAUCAUCUCCACACAUAGUCUCCAUAACAACCAUCCUUCGAUCACACUUUAAGCCUGUUGGGAAGGUGCACGUCUUCUCGAGUUUCAAACCUCCUCAGGGUGUAAGAGAGAAAACAAACAGAGCCUUCGUCAACAUAUACUCAAGAAUUAUCGCCACCAACACACAAGUAUUAGUUGUUUAACAACUUUUAUGAUUGUAAAUUCUUCCAUUUGUUUUAUCUCGUGCACUAGUUGGGAGGUUUUUUCUUCUUCGUCCAUCUUUAUACUUCAGGUGUAGCAAUCGGUACCUCGUGCAUUGAUUUCCAGAAGCGCGUAAGUCUUGGAUGUGUGUUGAACGCGGAAUGUUUCCAAAUUAAUCUUUAUUUACUUAUUUAUAAUCAGGUAACAGUUGUGGCGUCUGUAUCUCAAUGAUGAUUAAAUCAUUUAUAACCAUGGAAUAAUUUCUUCCAUUUGAAAUGCUUUAAUCUGUGAGUCAUAAUUAAUCAUUUGAUUCAUUUUUUGCUAACACUGUAUAGAAAGAUGCUGUUAAUUUCUGAUUGUGUGUCAGGAAAAUGUAAACCAAUGGCUUGUAUUUAGCCUGUGCAGCUUUUUAUUGAUUUAGUCAACAAAGCAAACACUGACCUGCCAACAGCUUUCAAAUUUUAGUUUUAAACAUUUUAAAAAUCAGUGCUUUUGGAAGUUAGUAGAAAUGUUUUAUAUUUUGUGUAGGAAUAGUUCUCAUUUACAUGUUGCCCUGACACGUUACCAACAUACUGUACCUCUUAGCAAUAAUUGCUGUCACUUUACAAUACUCCUUUAUCUGCCGACUGUUUGAACAAAUGGAACUUUGAUGGUCGUCAAAGAUUAAUAAAUCCUGUUUAACACCUGCA